AUGUUCGUUGAGGCCGGAAUGGGGGAGACUUGCGGAGGUAUUUUUUUAACGCGACUGACAGUUAACUAUGGUCUUGGACCAUAUAUUAUUACUUACUGCGUUAUGUAUGGACUUGGUAAUGGGUUUCCCUAUUCUGUCAUAUUUCAAGUUGCAUCAUCUUGGUUUCCCGGAAAACGAACUACCGUUGUCGGGAUAAUUUCAGCAGGCCUGGGUUUAGGAGCUCUGGUGUUUACACCUAUACAGACCGAAAUAAUAAAUCCCGAUGAUCUGCAGCCAGAUGCAACAGGAAAAUAUCCCGCAGUCGUCAAUCAGCGCGUUCCCAACUCUUUCCUCAUCCUUGGAGGAAUCCUUCUUGGAUGUCAAUUGAUCGCAUUACUCCUUUUAAGAAUGCAUACCGAGCUGUACGGUCUUGAAAAUAAUUUCAAGGAUACCUUUCUCGCCGGCAUCGUUAUGGGCGGUUCUAUUUUCAAUUGCAUCGGCCGAGUUGUAUGGGGUCUCAUAACUGAUCAAUUUUCAUACAAGGGCCCAAUGAUGAUGUUCCUUUCCAUGUGGACAUUUCUGUUUAUCACAUUUCCUUUUGUUGCCGCCGGACCUGCUGGCAUCUACCUGUACUCAAUCUGGGUGCUGCUCCUGUUUUUAAAUCUCUCGGGAAACUUUGUCAUUCUGCCUGGGGCGUGCAAUACCCUGUUCGGACCAAAAAACUAUGCCAUUAUUUACGGUCUAGUUUACGGAGCAGCUGCUCCGAGCGGCCUCAUAACCGCGGCUGUGACGGCACAGCUAAACCUGGAUGGUGCCUGGUUGCCCGUGUACGCCACGUGUGCCAGCUUUUGUGCUUUCGGUAAGCAAACAGUCUACAAUGAACGCUUUGCGUUGAUUAUUAUCGUUUGA